AUGGACGAGAAUGGUGUCAGGGGAGGAGAGGCGGGCGCGCGCUCUAUCCUGCACUUGCACCGCGGGCUUCAAAGCCUUUGCGUCUACGUCAAGCCAGACAGGAAGAAGAACGCCAAGACACAGCCGGGUCCUCUUCUUCUCUCUCCACAGAGAUGCCCACAUCACGUCUGUGGAGGCGCGCUCCGCUUCACCCACUUCGUCGUGAGUGUUGACUAG